UUUUGUUAUUAUUACAUUUAUAUGCUUGAAUGCUUGAAUCUUGAAUUGAGAUUCCCGCAAAUAGUUUUUAUUAAAAAAUUGUAUAUUAUAGUGUAUACUGGUAUAUUAAUUAAAUUAAUGGACAAACGUUACUCGCUUCAGGCUACUACUACCUACGCGGCACCUGACAGGUUCUUGGCAAAAGUAUUUGUAAAUAGUUAGGUUGUUUGAGGAUGGAGUGGUCUGAAGAGGCAAUUAUUGAAUUCUUGCACCUCUAUGAAAACGAAAGAGUUAUUUGGCACCCUUCCUUUAGGCGUGAUAAAUACAGCCAUCAUGAAGUUCAUGAUGCGUGGAAGCGAAUCCAGACUGAAUUUUCCUUGAAAAAAUCUAUAGAGGAUUUGAAGAAGAAAAGAGAACACCUGAUGGGUACAUUCAGAAAGUGUGUGGCUAAAAUAAAAGCAAGUGAGGAAAGCGGCUCUGACACUGAUGAGAAGUAUAAACCUAAAUGGUUUGCAUUUGAUAUAAUGGCAAGGUUUUUAAAUCAUUUGAUUGAACCAAUGGAGACCAUAAAGUUAGAGAAAGUACAACGUAUUCCUGAGGAGCAAGACAAUUAUAUAGAAAAUGAAACACAAGAUGAUGAUAUUUCAAAUAUCUAUAUGAGCUCGACAGAACCAAAAAGAUUAACAACCAAACGCAGAGCAACUUCGAAUAAUUCCAUUAACAAAAUGACUAAAUCAAGUAAAAUAGCACAGGACACAACUGAUGACAAAGUGGAAAAUGAUUACGAUAUAUUCCAGGAAAUAAGUCAGCUUACACAAAAGGAUGAGUAUGACAUAUUUGGAGAAUUAAUAGCAAAAAGACUUCGAGGAUUAAGACAACAUGAAAGAGACUAUUUAAUGCAUGAGAUGGAAAAUAUGAUGUACCAAGCUAAAAUCAGUUCUUCUCAACACACAGUUCAGUGACAUUCCAUUAACUUCAUCACCAAGCCCUACAACAAUUUACUUUUCACUGAACUCAAUUGACAACUUAAAGUAUGAAGUAUGACCCUUGUAUCAUAAGGUAGUCAAAACAAAAGUUGUCUGUCAUUUUAAAAUACUGACCUUACCUCAUUUUCUAAUGUUCAAAUAAUAAGAAUAAUGCGAUUAAACAGUUGUUACCUUCAGAAGAAGAUCAAUUGUACAACACUUGUUUAAUUUAUAGUUACGGUAUAUUAUCGAAAUAAAAAAAUAAAGUUUUAGUUAAUAAA